ACCGUUUCUUGAGUUAUAAAGUACUUUAGUUCUUAUAAAGUUAUUAUAAAGUUAUUAUAAAGUUCAGGUAAAGCUAAGGUAAGAUGUUGGACAUAAACGCAUUUCUUGUUGAAAAGGGAGGAGAGCCGGAUAAGAUCAAGGCCUCUCAAAAGAAGAGAGGAGAUUCCGUUGAAUUGGUUGACGAAAUCAUUGCUGAUUAUAAGAAUUGGACUAAGAUUAGAUUUGAUUUGGAUGCGUUGAAUAAGAAAACCAAUGCCUUGCAAAAAGAGAUUGGUAAAAAAUUCAAGGCCAAGGAAAGUGCCGACGAGUUAUUAAAGGAAAAAGACGAAUUAGUUGCCCAAAAGAAGGAAUUAACUGAACGUGAAACCAAGGCCGAUGCUGGAUUACGUUAUAAAGUUAAUCAAGUUGGUAACAUUGUUCAUGAAUCGGUUGUUGAUUCGCAAGAUGAAGAUAACAAUGAAUUGGUUCGUGUUUGGAAACCAGAAGGUGCUGAAGAAGUUGGACCAAUUGCUUCAGCCACCGGAGCUGCAGCCAAAUUAUCUCAUCAUGAAAUUUUAUUGAGAAUAGAUGGAUACGAUCCAGAAAGAGGUAGUAGAAUUGUUGGCCACCGUGGAUACUUCUUAAGAAACUGGGGGGUUUUCUUGAAUCAAGCAUUAAUUAAUUAUGGAUUAAGUUUCUUAGCUAAAAAUGAUUAUACUCCAUUACAAGCACCAGUGAUGAUGAACAAAGAUAUCAUGGCCAAGACUGCACAAUUAUCUCAAUUCGAUGAAGAGCUUUAUAAAGUUAUCGAUGGAGAAGACGAAAAAUACUUGAUUGCCACUUCUGAACAACCAAUCAGUGCUUAUCAUGCUGGAGAAUGGUUUGAAUCACCACAAGAACAAUUACCAGUUAGAUACGCAGGAUACUCUUCCUGUUUCAGAAGAGAAGCAGGAUCCCACGGUAAAGAUGCCUGGGGGAUUUUCAGAGUUCAUGCUUUUGAAAAAAUCGAACAAUUUGUUUUAUGUGAACCAGAAAAAUCCUGGUCAGAAUUCGAUAGAAUGAUUGGAUUAUCCGAAGAAUUUUAUAAAUCCUUAGGAUUACCAUACCGUGUUGUUGGUAUUGUCAGUGGAGAAUUAAACAACGCUGCUGCUAAAAAAUACGAUUUAGAAGCAUGGUUCCCAUACCAAAAAGAAUAUAAGGAAUUAGUUUCAUGUUCAAAUUGUACCGACUACCAAUCCCGUAAUUUAGAAAUCAGAUGUGGUAUCAAACAACAAAACCAAUUGGAUAAAAAAUACGUCCACUGUCUCAAUUCUACAUUAUCAGCCACUCAAAGAGCUUUAUGUUGUAUUUUGGAAAAUUACCAAACUGAAGAUGGUUUGGUUGUUCCUGAAGUGUUGAGAAAAUACAUUCCUGGGGAACCAGAAUUUUUACCUUUUGUUAAAGAAUUACCAAAGAAUUCUACUUCUAAUAAAAAGAAGAAUUAAUAUUAAUAGAGU